CAUGCCUCAUGAUGACAAUCCCAAGUGUAGAGAGGCAGGCAUGAAGCACCAGUAUCACGUCAUGGCUCCUACCCUCAACUACGACACCAAUCCUUGGUCGUGGUCCAAGUGCAGUCGCAAGUACAUCACAGAGUUUCUAGACACUGGAUACGGGGAGUGCCUCCUGGAUGAGCCUGUCGGCAGAACAUACGAGCUUCCGACUCUCCUUCCUGGUCAGAUCUACAAUGCCAACAGGCAAUGUGAACUGAUGUUUGGUCCUGGUUCUCAAAUUUGUCCCUAUAUGAAACAAUGCAAAAGAUUGUGGUGUACGAGUGCAGAGGGGGACCACAAAGGCUGUCGCACCCAGCACAUGCCUCUGGCUGAUGGGACUGACUGUGGUCAUGGAAUGUAUUGCAAACAUGGGAUGUGUAUCAACAAGGAGUUGGACAUGCAGGCUGUGAACGGAGAGUGGGGUCCUUGGGGGCCCUACAGUGUUUGCUCCAGGUCCUGUGGUGGUGGGACAAGGAGCACUACCAGAGAUUGCAACAAACCUGAGCCAAGAAAUGGUGGGAGAUUCUGCGUGGGCCGCAGGAUGAAGUUCCGCUCCUGCAACACUGAGCCAUGUCCACGAGGAAAGAAGGAUUUCCGAGAAGAGCAAUGUUCUCAAUUUGACGGCAAGCACUUUAAUAUCAACGGUCUACCUCCCUCUGUCAGAUGGGUCCCAAAGUACAGCGGCAUACUGAUGAAGGAUCGCUGUAAGCUUUUUUGCCGGGUUGCUGGCACCAUGGCUUACUAUCAGCUGAAGGACCGUGUGGUGGACGGCACUCCGUGUGGUCCAGACACUUACGACAUCUGCGUUCAAGGCCUCUGCAGACAAGCAGGCUGCGACCAUGUUCUCAACUCAAAGGCAAGGAAUGACAAGUGUGGAGUGUGUGGUGGGGACAACUCCUCAUGUAAAACCCUGGCAGGGACAUUCAACCACGCCCAGUAUGGGUACAACACAAUUGUGAGGAUCCCAGCCGGAGCCACUAACAUUGAUAUCAAACAGGUUAGCUACUCGGGAAAACCAGAAGAUGACAACUACCUCGCUUUAUCUGACAGCCAGUCCAACUUCCUUCUGAAUGGGAACUUUGUGGUGGCGAUGUUCAAAAGGGAAAUCACCUUUAAGGGAACAGUCAUUGAGUACAGCGGCUCAGAUACAAAAGUUGAGCGUAUUAAUUGCACAGACCGCAUUGAGGAUGAGCUCAUUUUACAGGUCCUGUGUGUGGGAAACCUUUACAACCCAGAUGUGCAUUACUCCUUCAACAUUCCCAUAGAGGAGAAAAGGGAGCAGUUUGUGUGGGAUUCCUCAGGCGCUUGGCUUGAAUGCAGUCGCCUGUGUCAGGGUGAAAGACGACGGAAGACAGUUUGUGUUCGGAAGAGUGAUCACCUUGAAGUGUCGGACCAACGCUGUGAGCAUUUACCUCAUCCAGUUGCUGUUACUGAGCCAUGCAACUCUGACUGUGAAGUCAGAUGGCAUGUCACUGGAAAGAGUGAGUGUUCAGCUAAAUGUGGCCCUGGCUACCGCAGCCUUGAUGUUCAGUGUAUGAAGUAUAGCCAGAUGAAGAGAAUGAAUGAGAGGAUGGAGGCUGGCGUCUGUGCAGACAUUACAAAACCUCAGACGAGAGAGAUUUGCCACGGGGAUUGUCUGCUUAAGAGCUGGCAGUACAGCGCCUGGUCACAGUGUUCUAAAACCUGUGGACGUGGGAUCCGCCACAGAGAGUCUUACUGCAUGAACAACCUGGGACGGCGAUUGGUAGAAAGAGAGUGCAGUGAAAACGAGAGGGUGGUAACCGAGCCCUGCAACGACCAGCCGUGUCCAAAAUGGACUGUCAGUGAGUGGAGCGAGUGUCUGGUGACCUGCGGGAAAGGAAUGAAGCACAGACAAGUCUACUGCACCACGGAAGCUGGGGAGAAAAAGCUAAGCGAACAUUUCUGCGACCCGUCCAGUAAACCAUCCACCGUGGGGAGCUGCGAACUCCCCGGGUGCGCAACAUGGCAGGUCGGCAUCUGGGGAGCGUGUGCGGUGACCUGUGGACACGGAUACCAGAUGAGGGCUGUGAGAUGUGUCCAAGGGGACUAUGGUGACAGAGUGGAUGACAGAGAGUGCAACGCUGCAGCGAGGCCCAGAGACACUCAGGACUGUGAGAUGCCUGCGUGUCCACGAGCCUCAGGACCUCAAAUUACACCUCGGCCUGAUAACUCUGUUCAGCUUGUGACUGAGUGGAGAUAUGGCUCCUGGACGGCGUGCUCGGUGUCCUGUGGCAAGGGGAAGCGCGCACGUUAUGUCAGUUGUAGAGACCAUCAGGGAGGAGUGGCUGAUGAAUCGUACUGCGUUCACUUACCCCGCCCACCGGAGUUCUCCACCUGCUUCAGCCCCUGUGGCCAGUGGCAUGUCAGGGAGUGGUCUGCUUGUUCAGUUACAUGUGGUGUUGGAAGGGCAACCAGACAAGUGGUCUGCUCCAACUACCACCAGCCAGUGGACCAGUCUUUCUGUGACCCAGAUGAGAGGCCUGCAGCUGAGCAGGAGUGCACCACUGCUCCGUGCCCAUCCACCUACAACCAUCAGCACAUUUAUGAGCAGCCAUAUGGAUAUCCUCAUGAUCCAGGACAUCACCCGGGACACAGUAGCUGGAACGUCCCGUCAGCAGACAACCAGUGGAGGACUGGACCAUGGGGCGCAUGUUCCAGUACCUGUGCAGGAGGUUUUCAGAGGCGGGUGGUGGUCUGUCAAGAUGCGGAUGGACGCAGCAGCAGUUACUGUGAUGAACGAGUCAAACCUGCAGAGACCAAAAGCUGCGACUCUGGGCCCUGCCCUGUGUGGAACUAUGGGGUCUGGGGAGAGUGCACACAGACUUGUGGUGGAGGUAGGAAGACUCGCUUAGUGGUGUGUCAAAGGCCCAGUGGACAGAGGCUCAAUGACUACAACUGUGACAUCCUGGAAAAGCCGCCCGACACGGAGCAGUGCAACCUGCAGUCCUGCCCAGGCUCUGCGUCCUGGCAUCGCCAACCAUGGAAGCCGUGUUCGGUGAGCUGUGGCCGUGGCACCAAACUGCGGGAGAUAGCCUGUGUUUUCCAGAACCAAACCCAAAUAGAGGAAGCCCACUGCAGUCAUCUGCCCCGACCAAGAACACAAAAGGCCUGCAGAGCUGGAGGAUGCCCUGCAUGGAAAGCCAACAGGUGGAGGGAGUGCUCUGCCACCUGUGGAUCUGGAGUUCAGCGACGAGAUGUUUACUGCAGGCUCAAAGGUUCAGGAAGAGUCAGCGAAGAGCUAUGUAAUCCUCAUUUACGUCCUUCAACAGUGCAAGUGUGCCACACACCACAAUGUACACAUUACAUCUGGACAGUGGGUGAAUGGGAGCAAUGCAACGCAACAUGUGGUGAAGGGAUGAAAAGCAGAAAGGUGAGAUGUGAAGGACCAAGUUCUUCACCUGCCCAGGAUGACUACUGUGAACCAUCAGCUAGGCCUACCUCCGUCCAGCACUGUAGAGAAGAGCCCUGUCAGUACAUGUGGAUCACAGGGGAAUGGUCAAAGUGCUCUGCCAGCUGUGGUGUUGGUUAUCAGCAACGUAUCGUCUCCUGCUCUUUGGUGCCGUCGUCCUUCCACUCACAGCAUUUCUAUACUCAGCCUUCAACCAACAGUAAAAACUGCCCUGAGCCUGAACCUCCUACCACCCAGUCCUGCCUCCUCAGUGAGUGUCCUCACACCUCCUACUGGAAAGUUGGCCCUUGGUCCAAGUGCUCGCAGACCUGUGGGUCCGGAGUGAUGGAACGCAGGAUAGAGUGUGUGACCUCCAAAGGCCAACUGUCUAAACACUGCCGUCCAUCAGAAAGACCUGCAUCUCAAGCUACAUGUCAAGAGAGACAGUGCCAUGUGUUUACUUCUUGCCGAGAAGUGCAGCUGCGCCAGGGUGUGAGAAUAGAUGGAGAAUACUAUCUCAAAAUCAAGUUUCGGACCCUGCAAAUUUACUGUGCUGAAAUGCAGACGGAUUUUCCAAAGGAGUAUGUGACCCUACGCAGUGGGCAGACAGACAACUACUCAGAGGUGUAUGGGCAAAGGUUGAUUAACCCAUUUGAAUGUCCAUACAAUGGCAGCCGCAGGCAGGACUGUGCCUGUAAGAAUGACUACUCAGCAGCAGGGUACACGCUUUUCCACAAAGUUCGGCUGGAUCUAAACUCCCUGCAGAUAAUCAUCACAGACCUCCAGUUUUCCCAGACUAUUCACGGCCGGCCCGUGCCUUUUGCUACAGCCGGAGAUUGUUAUAGUGCAGCCAAGUGUCCACAGGGCCAGUUUAGUAUUAACCUUGUUGGAACUGGUCUUAAGGUGGCUCCAAAUGCCAAAUGGACAUCUCAAGGGAACUAUGUUUCUGUUAAAGUCCACAGAUCUGAGGAUGGAACAAGAAUUUACGGCCGCUGUGGUGGUUUCUGUGGGAAGUGCAUUCCCCACGCUCAUAGCGGUCUUCUCCUCCAAGUUCACUGAGAGCUGAGCUGAAAACAGAUCUUUGAAUUCAGUUUGAAUUCAGCGGGGCAGGAAUAUAAAAUAAGAGUAAUUUGUUGAAUCCGCUCGAUGGCUGUGAACAUAAAUAGAGGAGGGUCAACUUACGUCUCCAAUUCCCAGAUGGCAGCUAAAGGUACAGAAGACAGGCCCCUUUGCAGCAUGCGGCCACUGUUCAGCAUUUCAUUGUAACAGAAGAUGAGCCAGCUUUAUUUGCUCUCCAGUCAUUUGGCUAUGGCACUUUUUGUGGUUUGGAAAUGUUCGUUAAAUUACCAACCAGGACCUAGCCACCGUGGAUUUGGAAGAAUAAAAACCGAAGGAAAGCAUCCUCAUCCAGUUUAUUUUCAUCUGAAACAUUUCCAUCUUAGAACAACCUUUUCUAUCGGCAAAGUUCAUAAAAAAAAAUUGUUUUUUUCAGACAACACUUUGCAGGAGGUGCACAAGUAAAAUAUUAAUAAGUGAAUAGUUUUCUUACUGCUACAAUGUCAGAGGUAUACACCAUUAAUGGCUUUGACAGGAUUUAUAAGUAUUAUAACCAUCAAUAAACAGCCUAGACAGUAGAAUCUCUCAAAUAGUUAGCUUGACCUUAGCAAAGAAAAAAUGGUUUUUCUGACCUGCCUCGCAUCAGAGGUCAAACUUAAAAAAAACUUUUGGUGCAUUUAGAGGAACUUUAGAUUGAUUGUUGCUGUCUAUGCUCCUACGGCAAUCUGUAUUCCAUCCUCAGUUUGUAGAUUGUCAUCGGCAUCCCUGCUAAAGAUGGCUAAAGAACUGCAUACCAUUACAAGUUUGUAAUUUAGUUUUGAGAAUAAAUUCAGCCAAGACAGAGUCUUAGUCUUGUUAAAAUUAUAGAAAUAAGUGCCAUGUAUAAACUGAAAAUGGAAACUCUGUAGCUGCAAAUAAACCCACUGCUGUAUAUUUCAUCAGGAAUAGAUUUAAAAGAGAAGUCCGGUCAUAUUCAGAAUUUGCCAUGAAGCGCUGACAGAUGGACCCAGUAUUCAAGGAGAGACAGUCCAGUCCAAGAAUGUCCCUGGUGCUGCAGUUCCAGAGGUCUUGCAGGAACCCGAUCUUGGUCAGGGAUUCAGAACAGACAGGAACAGACAGGUGGCAGGAUCCAGGCUUCCAGGCAUCAUAGAGCUCCCAGGCGGUCACGCACAGGAGCAGACAGGAUCAGGUGCAGAUGAGCAGGCUCAGUGG